UACAUUCUUAUUACCUUUGAUUACGAAGACAAAAGAAAAUGGAUACUUCACAUUGCCAUUAUCAAGGCUACAUCCUUCUUCUAGUUCUACUUUAUUCAUCUAUGUUUGAUGUAGCUUCAAAUAUAGACAUUUCCAGUGAUGCAAGAGGCAGCAAAACCGAUAGUAACCCGAAACAAUAUGUGAACUGUGGAAAUUAUGAAGUUAAAAGGAGACAGAUGACUGUUUCUUGUUCCAAAUCAGCUGAAUAUAUUAUUACAAAGAUCAAUUUCGCUGAUUAUGGCAAUCCUACCGGUUGUAGUGAGGAGCAUAAAGUUAGUAGACAUGGCAAUUGCGGCGCACCAGAUACCUUGAGAAUCGUCAAAAAGAAUUGUCUUGGAAAACACAAGUGCGAGCUUUACGUUUCAGAUGAGAUGUUUGGUCCGAGUCACUGCAAGAAGGAUAUUAAGCUCAUUGUUGUAUUCACAUGCACAAAAGCUUAGGUUUUUUUAUUUUCUCCUUAAUAAAGGACUUAAUAUAAUUCUGGUUAAUUUGUUUCCUUUUAUUGUAUCGAUCAAGUUCUUGUUGAUAAUUAAAGGAACAUUUCAUAUUUUGUUUUUCUA